CGAAUGCAAGAUUGUUUCUCUCGACACCCGGGAGCGCUUUGAUGCGCUAUAUUGCGCACCAUCGCCUUGGACGACAACAGUACAACCAACGACCACCACUGCCACCAACACCACCAUGGCUGCCAUCAACAUAGACUUCAUCCACCGCACAGCACAACAUGCGCUCGCUCAUCGUCGUCCGUAAGUACGAGUACCAUGAUACCAUAUUGAAGGGCCAGUGAGUUGGAGCUGGAGCUGAUGAGCCAUCGUUCAACUGUAACGUAACUGUGCAACGAAUCGACGCACAGUCGCAGCCGAACACUCUACGGAGUAAGAACAAAUUUACUGUAAGCGCGCUUGAACGUCAAAAGAAAAUAAUCGACCGACCGUUCGACCGAACGCUUGUAUGAGGUACGUCCGUGUCAGCAACAACGGCGGGUAUUUUACCGAUUUUUAUUUUUGUUAUUUACGUGCAAAAUCAAGCAACGACUACAAGAAAUGUCGAGAGUCAUUGAUUGAGAGGUGUUUUGCCAUUGAACGUGUGUGGGGUUUUGGCGUUGAACGUUGAGAACGUGAACGUGAACGUAAACGGGCGCGUACGGACGUUUAUAGGUGUAGUAUUGGGUGUGCGUGUGUACCCGUACUUCCGCUGUAUCGAUGUUGCUACGCGUUAACGUCGCGUCGUCGCGUAAAACGAACUUUGCCGCAAGUUUUGGUGUAGCAUUUCCGCCAACAGCGCGCGCGUAUCCUUGCUAUGUAUUGAAAGUUUUUUAAAUUGUGAAGUUAAAAGUAAAUUGACGAAAAUAUUUAUGUACGAAUUGUGUUUGCAAUUUGGCGCUUGUGCCUAAGCUAGUGAGCUAAGUUUCGAAGAUUAAAGCAGUGUAGAAUAUUUAUACAUGGUACUUCGAUUCGCAAUCGAAUAAAUUUUGGCUAACGCUGCAUACAUUUUUAAUGGAUUUUUACACUUCACGGUGUGUGGAUUUAAUAUCGAUCACUUCGGCUUGCCUGUGAAAUAAAUUUAUUUUUUACGCGUACAACUACGAGUAUACAGCAAUCAUCACUCAAAACGACACUGCCUACUUUUAUGCUGAUAAAAAUUUUUUCGCAACGAAAAAAGUAAUUAAAUAGAAAAGCAGAAAAAAAAACUGGAAAGCUAAACUGUGAAGAAGAACAACUAUUUAUGCAAUUCUAAAGAAAAUUGAAUCUUUCAACUUAAACCCACUCGAAUAGAAAAUACAAAAAAAAAAAUGCUAACUACUACAAUCAACACAACAACAACAGCCACUUUAACUACUACAGACACAUUAAGUAGAAGAAAUUCGACGUCUCAUCAUCAUCAUCACAAUCCACACCCGCGCUACAACAACACCCACAAAAUGUUCUCCCAGCAGUGCCUUUCUUCCCACAACUACAACUAUCGACUACUACAGUUUGCUCUACUGUGCACAGUGGCGCUACAGGUGGUGCCGGUGGCGCACAGUUUCGAUAUUGCUACAUGCAAACAACCACUGGGUAUGGAGUCUGGUGCAAUUACAGAUGCUCAAAUAACUGCCAGCUCAGCGCAUGACACAGGCUUCGUUGGGCCGCAACAUGCAAGACUGAAAACCGAUAAUAACGGCGGCGCUUGGUGCCCCAAACACAUGGUCUCAAAUGCGUUGAAGGAAUAUCUGCAGGUGGAUCUGCUGCAAACGCACGUCAUUACGGCGAUACGUACGCAGGGUCGCUAUGGCAAGGGUCAAGGUCAAGAAUAUACAGAAGCGUAUGUGCUGGAGUAUUGGCGACCGGGUUUCACCAAAUGGCUACGUUGGAAAAAUACACAGGGAAAAGAGAUUCUGCCUGGCAACAUCAACACGUACAGUGAAGUGGAAAACCUAUUGCAACCAAUAAUAUUUGCAUCGAAAAUACGCAUAUAUCCAUAUGGACAAUACGAUCGGACGGUGUGUUUGCGCGCCGAAAUUGUCGGUUGUCCGUGGGAAGAGGGUAUCGUAUCAUAUAGCAUACCGAAAGGCGUGCAACGUGGCAUGGAAGUGGAUUUGUCAGACAAGACUUAUGAUGGUUAUGAGCAAGGUGAUCGUUAUGUUGAUGGAUUGGGUCAGCUGGUGGAUGGUCAAAAGGGCAAGGAUAAUUUUCGUACUGACAUACAUGGAUAUGGCAAAGGUUAUGAAUGGAUUGGCUGGCGUAAUGAUACACCCGAUUUGAGUGGCAAACCGGUUGAAAUUAUUUUCGAAUUCGAUACAGUGCGAAAUUUUAGUGCAAUUAUUUUGCACACGAAUAAUAUGUUCACCAAAGAUGUGCAGGUAUUCGUGCGCGCCAAAGUCUUCUUCAGUAUUGGUGGACGACAUUUCUCCGGUGAACCGGUGCAAUUUUCAUACAUGCCAGACACCAUAAUGGAUCACGCGCGAGAUGUCACCAUUAAAUUGCAUCAUCGCGUUGGUAGAUAUUUGAAAAUCAAUUUAUAUUUUGCCGUGAAAUGGAUUAUGCUGUCGGAGAUUUCAUUUGUAUCGGUGCCGGCCGUGGGAAAUUUUACAGAUGAGUCCGAGCAACGCGCCACAUUGCCACAGGAUACACGCGAAUAUCCAUUACAAAGUAAUGACUAUCAUCACGGUCAAAAGAAUGGCAUGGGCAAAAUGGGCACUAUGAAUGGCGGCAUGAAUGGUAUGGGUGAUGGCCUAGGUGCGGCGGCAGGCGCCGCUGGUGGCGCUGGCCUCGGCUACAAUAACGGGCCACAAUUAAUUGCCCCACGUCCCAUCGAUCAGGAACCAUCUGAGAAAUUCUCAAUUGGUAUUGUUAUUGUUAUUCUAACGGUGAUAAUUAUUUUUCUCGUUGGCGCCAUAUUCUGUAUUGUGACGCGUACGAAGCGUGCACGCGGCAGCAAUGUCCUCGACGCAUUCCAAUAUAGCUUCAAUCCGAAUACGCUGGGCGGCAAUGUGGAUAAGCAUCGACCAAAUGGCGGUGGCAUUAAGGCUAGCGUCGACGAUAAUGAUUCCAUCGGCAAGAAUAGUCUCUAUCAUGAGCCAUUCAAUGUGAAUAUGUAUACGAGCGGUGUUAACGGAUAUGCGGCCGUAAAUGAUUUACAAUGUAAUAUGACGCCAGACUAUACAGACGUCCCCGAAGGCGGCUACGCCGUGCCACACAUGCAGGAUUACAUGCCUGCCACGAAGAUGUCCAUGGCCGGCGGCGGUGUCGUUGGUGGCUAUGUGAAUGUGCGUCGCACUCCACCGCCACCACUGAGUGCCAUCUUUCCGAGACCACCUUCCGUGCCGCCUCCACCGAUGGAAAAGUACUAUGCCACCACAGCGAUAUUCAAGCCAAUCAAAGGCCCUUCGGGUGGCGGCAGCAACUGUGGCACUAUGGGCAGCAAUAGCGGCGGUGGCGGCAGCAGCAGCACACACAAAUCCGGCAGCAGUGGUGGCAAAUGUAGCAGCAAUAGUGGCAUUAGCAGCAGCAGUGAACACAAUAACUACGACGAUGGCAUGGGCACCAUGAAUUCACAGUCAACGGCGCCGAUGUUGAAUGCCUAUAAUGGCGGAGUAGGCAGUGGAGGUGGUGGUGGUGGUGGUGGUGGCGUCGGUGGUGUUGGCAUCGACUCGAUGCAAUUCCAGCGCGCCAGAACCUACAACUUCCGCAGCUAUCCAGACAAUCUCUAGUUUGAAACAUUGACGUUGCGCGGCGGUGUUGGCGGCCUAGGGGGUGGCGGCGUGAAUGUUGACAAUGACGACGCCGAGGUUGGUGGGCUGAGUGGCGGGGGUG